CCGCUUCACUCCCUCACCAACACUCACUCACAGAGGACGGUCACCUCGCCUUUCCCUGAGCAAAGAGCGAGUUGCACAGUUCACCAGUUCACCAGUGCAACAGUCGCACCUAGGAGUCAAGGUUGCCAGCAUGUCACAAGAGCACUUCAAGAAACACCACAUUGAUGGAAACGCACCGCCGAACAAACUUUUCAAUACCCAGGGAAACUUUGACGAUGACUCCAAACGGUAUUUGUCAAUCCGGCCCUCUAGCACUCCCUCGGGCACCAGAAUCCCCGGCACCAAACCUGACCAGAGGAAGACUGUGGUGGAGAACAUCUCCUUCAAAGACACCAGGCGUGGGAACCCGGUCGGGGAUGGAGUAGGGGCCUUCAUGGUGACCGGGAAAAAGGACCACAAGAGCAUGAAACCUGAACACCUCGACGGCCACGUGACGAAGGAGGGAAGGAAAUACAAGGACAUAAAAGACAAUGAGUACUCAGAAUGUAGCAGCUCCUCCAGCGCAUACUACAGCCCGUAACCAGUCACCAGGCACCAGUCAGUCACCAGGCACCAGGCAUCAGUCCAGACAAAUAGUUCUCGUGGGAUAUGCCUUACGUUCGAAUCCCACUGCUUUUGCGCUUCAUCUUAAUCUCUUCAGUACCAUGACACGUUUCCAUAUUCAUUCUGGUUACUAUUUGAUUUUACAUAGCUUCAGAAACAAUAGUGAAGACUGUAGAGUGUGUAGACCAUUGACCCUGAUCUCCAUAGACCCUUCCUAACGCAAAUAAAAUCAUCUAAGGUAAAAAUGCGUCUCGAUACUGAAGGCGUUGAAAAUAGUCACACAUAAACACUGACCCACGUUUAGAGUUCAUGUCUUCUCGCGCCUUCCCUUUACAUCUUACUGUUAAACAAGGGAAGUAAGUGUGUCUCAUGCAAAAACUGCCACGUAGAGUUUUAUUAGUCUCAUAUUGAGCACUGAAGUAAAAAUAUACAUGUGCCUGCAAGUUAUUCUUAGUGAAACAGCCUCAAUAAAGCAUCACUAACAGA